AUAAUAAUAAUAAUAAUAAUAAUGAAUGUUAAAGAGGGUGGUUAAUCGGUGCAGCGGUUUGCUCAUCUGCCCCAACCACACGCAAUUAAUUUACUUGUCAAACCCUUCGAAAUCAUACAAAUACAAUUGGUCGUCUGCACUUGCAUUUCAUGUCCAUAUUUGCAGCCCAUCCUGAACUAAAAACCUUAAAAAUUAGUUCACUUAACUACUGGAAAAAAAAUAUCAGUAGUGGUACUCUAUAAUAAAUAUUACCCAAAAUCCCGUGACCAGAGAGUCUUCAGAUCUUGUUACACUGAAAAAGAAACUAGCUAAAACCUCUGUGUGUUUUACCUCCUCGGAUUCUUGUUGAGGAUGAAGGUGACUGUCGUUACGCGUAGCGGCCGGGAACUCAUCAAGGGUGGCCUCGAACUCAAUGAUUCCGCAACUGUUGCUGAUCUUCAGGAGGCUAUCCAUAAACGAACAAAGAAAUUCUAUCCUUCAAGACAACGACUGACCUUUCCUCUCCCUCCUGGAUCCAAAGAGAGGCCUACUGUCCUUCAAUACAACAAGAGACUUGCAGAGUACACUGGUGCAAGCUCAGAUCAGUUAACUCUAGUUUUUAAGGACCUAGGUCCACAGGUUGCUUACAGCACACUUUUCUUCUGGGAAUACUUGGGUCCCCUUAUUCUUUAUCCUCUUUUCUACUACUACAAUGUGUAUCAAUUUUUUGGCUACAAAGGGGAGCGUGUCAUCCGCCCAGUUCAGACUUAUGCAUUAUACUACUGGUGCUUUCACUACUUCAAACGUAUCAUGGAAACCUUCUUUGUGCACCGUUUCAGUCAUGCCACUUCACCAAUUUCAAAUGUUUUUAGAAACUGUGCUUAUUACUGGAGCUUUGGGGCGUAUAUUGCUUACUAUGUCAAUCACCCACUUUACACUCCAGUGAGUGAUCUCCAAAUGAAAAUUGGCUUUGGAUUUGGAGUGGUCUGUCAAUUAGCCAACUUCUACUGCCACAUAUUGUUGAGAAACCUUCGGGGUCCUGGUGGUAGCGGAGGAUACCAAAUCCCUCGUGGUUUUCUGUUCAAUAUUGUUACGUGUGCUAAUUACACCACAGAAAUAUAUCAGUGGCUGGGAUUCAAUAUUGCAACACAGACUGUAGCUGGCUAUGUUUUCAUGGUUGUUGCUGCUGCUAUAAUGACUAAUUGGGCACUUGCAAAGCACAGGCGCUUGAGAAAGGUUGGUUUCUCUAUUUCAUACUUGCUUCCAUGUGUAAAUGGGUGCAGAAGCUAUAGUAUCUUGAAGUGUCUAAUGUCUUUGCAAUUGUAUGGAGAUUUCAAAUCUUCCUUUUAUGUUAUUGUUGUCAAUGCAUUUCAGUUACUCAUCACCCACUUAUGCUUACAACUUUUUUUGCUUUUAGUCUGGUCUCUGAUGUUUCUUUCUGCUACUUCUAGAAUUAGGAAUCUCCUUAUCUUAUUAUUGCUAUGAUUAGUUUUUUAUAAGACCUCCCUCUUCAUCUGUGUUUCACAUACGUAGUGACUGUAUUGUUCGUUUUCAUAUCAAUUUCUCACUGAUCUAUAUUGGUCAUCUUGAUUGAUUGUUGCUUCUAGUGGCUCCAAUAAUUUCCAUCACCAACUGCUGCAGUUGAUGUUACUCUUGUACUGUUCGUGAGAAAAUUGCAGUACAUUUCUUUUGUUUUGAUUUUCAUUUCAUUGUGCUUCCCAGCUCUUUGAUGGAAAAGAUGGACGCCCCAAGUAUCCUCGAAGAUGGGUGAUAUUGCCCCCAUUCCUGUAAGUGGCGGGGUAGAACUAAGCCGAGAUACGAGCAGAGGUUUAGCAUGUCACGUAAUUUGUCAGAAGUUUGAUGAAAUCGAUCUGAAAGAGAGGCUUUUGUGUAAUCACUGUACACGGCAUUUGAUAAUAAGAUUAUUUUAGCUGUCUUUCCAUUUGAUCUUUCACUGAAAGCUGUUGACCUCUCUAUGGUCAUUGCUAGUUUGAUCUCCAUGUUAGGACCUAAAUUAACUCAUUAUGUAAUUCAAAAUUUUUAUUAAAAUUCUUGCUAUAAAGGAAUGAUUGGUUUAUCAAUGGUUUUAACUUGUGUAUGCAAAUG